GAACGAAUCAGGAAGUGGGCUGAGUGAGUCGAAGAAGCUCGAAUCGCGAAGUCUGAGCUCCACCGUCUGCGGCCGUCUCUUUUGGGCCCCCCUCCGCACAAAUUCCGCCGCUUGUAACAUUCGGCGUACAUGCUGGGCGGCCUCCCGCUCGCUCGAGGUAGCCACUUUUGUCCGGAUUCGACCGAUUUGCAGCGCCAGACAUGGCUUCUCUGGCUCAGAGAACCUCGGGCCUGGUCCAGCGGCGGACCGAGGCCACCCGUAGCGCCGCCGCCGACAAGGAGAGGGAACCCGACGGCGAGGAGGAGGACGCGCGUCGCGGCGAGGAGGACGAGGACGACAAGGGGGACUCGAAGGAGACGCGACUGACGCUCAUGGAGGAGGUUUUGCUCUUGGGCCUCAAGGACCGAGAGGGCUACACGUCCUUCUGGAACGACUGCAUUUCGUCCGGCCUCCGAGGCUGCAUGCUGAUCGAGCUGGCUCUCCGGGGGAGGUUACAGCUGGAGGCCUGCGGCAUGAGGAGGAAAAGUCUGCUCUCGAGAAAGGUGAUUUGCAAGUCUGACGCGCCAACCGGAGACAUGCUUCUGGAUGAGGCCUUGAAGCACAUUAAGGAGACGCAGCCUCCCGAGACUGUGCAGAGCUGGGUAGAGCUACUGAGCGGGGAGACCUGGAGUCCAUUUAAGCUGCACUACCAGCUGAGGAACGUCCGAGAACGUCUGGCCAAAAACCUGGUCGAGAAAGGUGUCCUCACCACAGAAAAACAGAACUUCCUGCUUUUCGACAUGACCACGCAUCCGCUCACCAACAGCACCAUCAAACAGAGGCUGGUGAAGAAGGUCCAGGACUCUGUUCUGGAGAAGUGGGUGAACGACCCCCAUCGCAUGGACAGGCGCGUGCUGUCUCUGAUCCUGCUGGCGCACUCGUCAGACGUGCUGGAGAACGCCUUCGCGCCUCUCCAGGACGAGCAGUACGACCUGGGCAUGAAGCGGGUGCAGACGCUCCUGGAGCUGGAGCCCGAGAAGGAGAGCGCCAAGCCCGGCGCCAACGAACUCAUGUGGGCCGUGGUUGCCGCCUUCACCAAAUGAGGAGGGAAAACCCAUAUUUUUGUUUUCCUGUUUUUUUUUUUUUUUUUUUUUUUUUUUAAAGGAAGCGAUGCAGUUGGACCCUGAUUUAUUAUUGGAGGACCCCAAAUGAGACUUUAAAGAGACAAUCUAAUUCAGGUCAGGGGUGGGGAGCCAUUUUGUGCGGUCCACAUUAAUUGUCCGUAUCCCGGUGCAGAACCGCGUUGGUGGUGGGCUUCACCUGGUUCUGGUUAGGGUUAGACGAGGGACGCGAAGGGGACACUACGGGACACACGGAAGGAGAAAAAAUGGCCACUGUCGCCAUGGUGACUCAAAUGAAGGAAGCGGCAUCUUCCUGAUCCCGUGCAGAACAUUCUGCCAAUCGCGAGGCGGACGACUACAGAAAGCCGUUUGAGCACAUCGUCCACACGCUUGUCAUCCAGUUGAAGGCGGUCCAUGUGUAUGUACGGUCUUGGUCCUCACGAGUAACAUAAGUCAUUGCACCAAUAGAACAACUAGGCGUCUUGGAAUUGUGUUGAAUUGAGUUGAGGAGCUUCAUUUGGGAAAAGUACUGCUUUGCUGCCAUCUUGCGGUAUCUAUAGGCAAUUAUAAACCUUUUGGAGGGUGUCAGUGACGAAUCGUGGGGAACGCUACUGCGUCCUACUGACAUUGGAGCACUUUGGGAUGUUAGUAGGACCGCUAGUGGAUGUUUUGGUAUUAGUAGGUUGUAGGACAUGUCAACUAGUUACCUCUCGUAGUGUUACUCCUACUACACCAAAUUAGUUUACUAGUAAGGUUUAGUUUCGUACCAGUAAGCCAAAAGUGGUAUUUGUAGUGGGGAAAAAAACUAGACGCAAUCAUACUGGCGCACUGAAUUGUCUUCCUCGUGAGGUCAAAAAGCGUACUAGUGCGUGGAACACCCGCUGGAUAUCAAGUAUCUCGAAUAAACAUUUAUUCAAAUGCUUAAAAGCUGUUUGAGUAUUUAUUCAAUAUCCAAGCUAUCCAGCUUAAGGUCGUACUAGGUGCCCAAAAUGCGGCAGUCGUAGGGGGAAAUAUUUUAUUUGUUAAACCAUCACGAUACCCGUGCACACGAGUGCCCUGAAUUGUUUAACUGGUGUGGCUAACGCAUGCACUAGUACACAGACCUUGGACCCCGAAUAAAUGCUCAAACGGCUGCCCCUAGAUGACCUUUUAUCCCAUGAUGCCGCUCCCUUGUAUUUUUAUUUUUUUUUUCCCCCCUCCCCCAAUAUUCCAUUUUCCCUUCACGGCAUCGUGAGAUAUACAAUUAGGUGUCCAUUUCUGCAUCUAGUUUGCCAUUUAUCCAAUGUUUUUGCACACCUCCAUAGCUAGUCCGUGAAAGGAGGGUGGGGGGUACACCCCCUUGAAGAAAAAAAAAUCUUUAGAUAUUUUAUCUACAGCUACAGACGGCGAGUAAGUCAUUCCACAGAGUGGUGAGGGUCAGGGUGAGCGCGUUUUUCCAAGCAGAUUCGACCGUGCGCGUGCUUCCUGAUCUUGAUCGAGGUAGUCGGCCUUUUUUUUUUGCACAGCUAACCGCUUCGAGGUGAUGAAACGGAACCUCCAAAAUCCGACACAGCGCGGUACCGCCUCCCCAUGUGAAACGAAAUCAACAAUAAAUUAGAAUGUAUUAGAAAAUUUCAUUUAUUUCACUAGCUCAAUUCAAAAAGUUAUUAAACAGAUGGUAAUAUGUAGUUCGAAUUUCCGAACAAAAACAAAUGCUUUCACAUUGUUUCAUGAGUGUUUAAUUGAGUACAGUACUCCAUUAGGACUGAACCCAGUCGAGAAUAGCUCCACUGCCCCCCCCCCACUCCCCAAAAAAAUCCAUUCAUUUUCUGAGCUGCUUAUCCUCACAAGACAGCUAUUGUAAGGCAUAAGGCAGGGUACACCCCGAACUGGUUCCCAAUGUCAACGUAUAUAGAAACCAUUUGCACACUCAAUCACACCCAAGGGCAAUUUUGGGGGGGGGGGGGGGGACCCACAAAACAUGCAAACUCCACACAAGCGGGGUCGGGAUUUGUACCCCAGUCCUCAGAACUGUGAGGCUAACGCUCAAACCAGUCGCGCCAAAACAAGUAACUCGCACUAUAAUUGACUAUAGAUCCCAUAAGAUGCACCAAAGCCCUCCAUUUCUACUAGAGAGGGGUUUGGGACUCUUGUGGGAUCUUGGGGUCUUACAGAAAGUGCACAAAAAUACUUUUUUGUAAUUAUUGUGUGAAUAAUUGACCGCAGGGCCCCGAGAAACAUCACAAAUCGAGAAAAAUGCGUGAGUCAGACGGUUUUUGAUGAUCUAGUUCAUUGCGAUGAACCUGUAUUGUUAAACAAAACACAAGUGCAUGCUACGAUUCCCGCAAGAUGCUAAAAUAGCAGCUAGCUAGCCUACAUUUUUACCCCAUCGAUCAGUCGGACUCGAACGCAUGACACUAGUGCCAUGAUAUCAAUUUAUUUCAAAGCUUCUUGUUGGCAAUGAAAUCCCAACUGACACAUUUACUACAUUAUAAAAUCGAAUACAGUACUGUGAAACUGUGAAAGUGCAUUUGGGUGCUAGUGUGAGAUGCUAAAAUAGCUAGCCUUCGUCUUGAUUCGCCGCUUUUCGUGAAAUAGAUGGACUCUAGUUUGGGGGAGGGGGUAGUCCAAUAAAAACGCUGCUUUUUGGGUUCUGAAUGCGAAAUAUUGUCAUGUAAAGUCAACCGCUUGUAACAAUAUGGGGAACAAAAUGUACAGAUGGUGGCUAGUGCAUUAAGCUAAUCAUAAAAUUUUGGGACUUUGGAGGUUCUGCUAUUGUACUUAUUUUCAUUUAAAGAUAUUUUGGCGGCGGGUUUCCUUUUUUUAACAUAAGUAUCUAUACGAACAGGCCCUACAAAGUUAAAAGAUCAACGAAAGGGAGCUCGUGUUUGUGAUACGGUGCAAGGCCGACAAAGCGUUUUGAGGAUUUCCAUUCUUUGACGUUUAUAACCUUCCAUUCCCGCACUGGAACAUCCAAAAGUCAAAAAGAAGGAACGAAAGGGCUGUUUGCAUGCAACAGGCGGACGUAGCUCCACAAGAUGAAGAAAGACGGUGUUCUCUGUGUAAUAAUUCUGAUUAUUCGUUGUUUUAUGUGUUCAAGCUAACGGAAUUGUACGAGAAAAAAAAAAAAAAGGGAUCUUCUCUUUCUGUCCUCUCUGUAUGCUUUUAUAUUACCACAUGAAAAUAAAGUCAAGGAUUCUUUAAGUGCCUGA